AUUGAUUGGUUUGGUCUGGCCGAGAGCGGCUACCGUAGCCCUGCUAACUGUGUUGCUACUUACCGCCUCCAGUGAAAGGAAGUGUGACAGAUGCGCUCGCAUCCAUGCAACCGUUCUGCUUCGAUACAGUGGGGUGAUGGGAGCCGGUAGGACAUGGAGUCAUGACGGGUGAUAGGACUGAGCUCUGAGGGACUUCCGGAAUGCGGAGCUUCGGUUUGUUUACAUGCCUUCAGGUAGCAGGUCGUUAGUCCCAUCCCGGAACAAUGGCGUCUGAGUGCGAGUACUUCAUUUACUUUCCUGCCGCUCCGACAGCCGACCUGUCUGACCCGACGACUUUCAAGACACUUCCUCGAAAAAAGCACUUCUACCUGGGCGAGGAGGUGCAGUUUCUUCUCGUGCUGAGGUUCCGGAAGGUAGCGGGGGACGUGUGUGGGGGCGUUCCUUGCCAGCUGGGCUCCCUCGCCGCCGUGACGAGCGUGUGCGCCACCGAGUGCUGGCAGCAGCCGAGACCCGUGGAGUCACAAGUUGAGAGUUGCUGCAGCGACGAGGAGGAAUAUGACGCCGAACAAGGAGGCGAGAAUCAGGGAGGGAAGCUGGACACGGGGGCUUUCACCCGCUGCAGCCCGGUCAACAUCCACAGCAGCCCUGCCUCUGAAGGAGGACGGUUGAGCUCGGAGGAACCGGUGAAGUCUGUGCAGUUAUUGGACAAAGAGGUCGUCUUUUGUCUCACGGCAUCUUUGGAUAAACUGCCAGUCAACACACUCAAGGCCAAGAUAGUGGUGACUGUGUGGGAGCAGGAAGACGAGCAGGCACAUGAAAGGGAACAGGACUACCUGACUCUGCUGCAGGUUUCUCCACCAUCUCAAAUUUUCAAACAGGAUCUGAGCACCUUUAAGGCUCAAGUGAGCACCGUUUUGAAAGUCCUUCCACCUCCAAGUGUCCACUGCCAACAACUAACGGUAUCUGGAAAACACAUGACCGUCCUCAAAGUUCUGAACUGCAGCUCCGAGGAGGACGUUUGUGUUCAAGAUGUGAAGAUCAUUCCCAACUACAACCUAUCCUACCUCCCGAUGAUGCCGGACGGUUCUGUCCUCAUAGUGGACAAUGUUUGCCAUCAAUCUGCGGAGGUCACCAUGGCUUCCUUCUGCCGAGUGAUGAGUGAAUCAUCACGUUUACCCAGCAUGCUCAGCUCCCUGGAGGAACAGAACUUCUUAUUCCAGCUGCAGCUGCAAGAUAAAGAUGAGGAAGACUCCAGUGAGGGUUUGGAGGUCCCGUUGGUCGCCGUGGUGCAGUGGUUCACGCUGAAGCAGCCUUGCAAAAGGUUUAUCUCGACCAGCUACUCGCUGCCCAGUAUCCGCCUGGACCGUCCUCGGCUGAUCAUGACCGCCUCCUGUCCCAGAUCAGUCCGACCGCUGGAGCCCUUUUGGGUCAAGUACACGUUGCUGAACAACCUGCAGGAUUUCCUGGCUGUGCGUCUGAUCUGGAAUUCUUUGGCAGAGUCAGGCUCAGUGGUGUGUAGGUCGCCUCACAACAACCUGGGGUGUUGUCGGAAGGGUUCCAGCAUCUCCUUCACCGUUGCUUUUCAGAUCCUGCAGUGUGGACUCUUUGAGUUGAGUCAGAGCAUGAAGUUGAAGCUUCAGUUCUCUGCCUGCGUGUCGCCUCCCCCUCCUCCCUCUUCGUCACCUUCUUCUGUCUCAUCACCCAGCCCUGCUGCCAGGGAGCUGAUGGAGAAACAAGCUGUUGGUCGCUCCCACAGCUUCUCCCACCAGAUGCCGUCCAGGUCACACCAUGUCAGAUCCGGCAGUAUGAUGGAUCGACUUGCCAUCACUCCACCUGUGGUAUCUCCGGUGACCAGAGGCCUUUUCCUGCCACCAGAGAACCCCACCCUCCCGCUGGACAAGAUAGCCAAGCGCGAGUGUAAGGUCCUGGUCCUGGAUCCCAGCUGCAGAUGACCUGCAGUGAGAGACUUCCGCCUGAAAAAGGCUUUUUGACAGACAUGAGGUGGUCAGACCUCCAGAGUUCCACCAGAAAAGAGGUGGACCUCGCGCUUGGGAAAAGUCAUUCCAUUUCAAUGGGCAAUGUUGGUGCAUUGUCAAGUGUCCGAAAAGCAAGAGAAGCGGUGUGGUGGUGGAUCGAGCAAGACGCUGGGGAAAAGGGGAACAAUCAGCAAGUGCAGCUCAUAGGUUUGAAUUCUUUGGUGUUUCAAAGUUUACAUUUCUCCCACUUAACCCGUGAAACAAUCACUUCAGUAGCAAUCUCCGAAAUGCCACACACUGGAAUCUCCUUCUACUUGAAGCAUUGUUCAUGUCAGGGCCCAACGUGACAUCAGUGUUGCUAGCACAACCUUGUGUCUGAAGACUGUCAGACAUUACUGGAAGUAGCAAAAGAAAAUAUAGACAAAUAGGAACGUUGACAUUUCUUUUUUAGAGGUUAAUGCUUGACCAUGUGACUGUAUCUUGGUGUCACUUCACUGCCGUGUUUGAUUAAAACGCCAAAAUAUUGGCAAGAGAUUUAACUGAGACUAGUGCUGUUCUGUAUUUGCCAUGGGAAUGUGAAACAGUCUGAACACUGAUUGUAUGGAAGUGGGUUGGUGCUUUAUUUCUGCUGGUCUUUGAAUGUUAUUUGGUUUGUUUGCUGCACUCUCAUCAUUUCUCUCCAGCUGUGGUCGUCUAAUCAUUUCAGAAGUCGCAUGAUCUGUACUUCAGUCUGACACUUUCACUCAUUUCACUUGAUGGAGGUACAAUAAUACUGUUGACAUCACCAUAGAUUCCUGCUAUUCAACAGCCCAGGUUCUUUUAUGCCAGUUGUGCAGCCUGAAUUCCAUUGAGCAAAUUCUCAAUUGCAACACUCCACUGUGUUCCAAAGUGAACACGUAGUUGUACUGCAUAGCAGCACUUACUGUUUGUGAUGCCAUUUUGCUUAAGCUGCACUUUUAUUGCUGUAAUAUUUAAGGGGAACAGUUGGAUUCCAAAUGUGGGACAUGCGCUCUUAUAUCUGAGCCUUUUGAUAAUUCCUGUGCUAGAAGCACAAGCUGUUUACGGUGUUGAGAAACUGACUGCUACUCAGAUUGGAUUCAGUUGCUGUGACAGCCUAAAUCUGUGACCAAGCUUGUUUUUGAAUGUGAAAAAUGGGAACAUAUGUCGAUUAAAAGUAUU